AAAACUAAUCCACUUUAAACACAUGGAAACAAAAAUUUAAGCUGCUUUAUGUUUCAAGUUUUGUAAAUAUUGUCAGUUGUGAUUUUGUUUUAUUGUGAAUAAUUAUUUAAACAUAUUAUAAUGAAGAUAAAACGUUAUAAGAGAGUUAAUAAAUAUCUACAAUUCUUUCGGACAAAUUAUGGUUUUCAUGCUCCUUACCAGGUUCUCAUAGAUGGUACAUUCUGUCAACGAGCUCUGAAAAAUAAAGUAAACAUUAAAGAACAAUUGCCUAAAUAUAUGGGCGAUGAAGUUAAAAUGUUUACGACUGUUUGUGUGAUUAAUGAAACUCAAAACAUUGGUCGAUCAGUAUAUGGAGCAUUUUUGAUUGUUAAACAAUUUGAUGUACGCAAAUGUGGCCAUGCAAAAAAUCCUUUGAAAGCAGCUGAAUGUAUUCGGUCAAUGGUUGGUGAAGAAAACGCAGACCAUUACAUCGUAGCCACCUCGGAUUUGAUCUUGACUCAACAACUAAGAAAGAUACCUGGAUGUCCAUUAAUGUAUCUUAAGAUGAAUACAUUGAAUUUGGAACCACCAUCGAAAGCCAGUGUUGAAGGUGGCCAUGAAAUAAAACGCAAACAAGUUGGAUCCGAUGAGGUUGAAAUUGAAAGGUUAAAGGAGCUGAAAAAAGAAAUUUUAGGCCCACAGGAGACAGAUAUUAGAAAGAAAAAGAGGAAAGGUCCUAAAGGACCAAACCCAUUGUCAUGUAAAAAGAAGAAAAAGAAAGCAGAAGUUAAUCAAAAGCCUGAUGAUAAAGCUAAAGAAGACGAAGAGAAAAGAAGAAGAAAGCGAAAUAGGAAAAAACUAUCGAAAAAUGGCAAAAUUGUACAAAAGGUUAUUGAUUCUCUAAGCUUGGAGAAAUCUCAAGAAAGCUGAAAAUUCUAUUUUAAUAAAUUAAUAAAAUAUUUCCGUUCCGUAUUUGA